UCAGGCACAAAAGGCGCGCUCCAUCGGCAUACAAAUCAUCGGAGUCCGGUUCUGCACACUCGAACCAGGAAAGGGGCACCACCAUCCAUCAUGCGCCGGGAGGAGAAGAAGCGCAAGUUCCACGAAGCCGUCCUCAACAUGCUUUACCCUCCCCCACCUUCUCCUCCUAGUCCUCCUCAGACGGAGGAUGGAGAUGGGGCGCACGGCGCUGCUGCAUCCGGAGGAGGAGGACUUCGAGGGGACGGAUUUCCAGAUGAGGCGGGAGACGGGGUCGGUGGUUCCUCGGCAAGUGAUGUCGAUCGUGAUGGCGGUGGAGGCGAAUGUGGGGAGCGGAAACUGACUAGAGCUCAGAGGAAGAGGACCCGCAAGAAGAAGCUCAAGGAGGAGAUCGCCCGCCGCGGGAAAAUCGUCGGCCCCUUGUUGCCUUGUAGCGGCAAUGGCGGAUGCAGCACGAAAGAGGACGGCCAUAGUGGCCUUGAAGAGGAAGAGCCGCCAGGUGUUCGACGAAAUGCCGAGCUGGGAUCUGACGAUGUGCCUCACGAGCGUGAGGGGUCAGCUGCCUUUAUCAACCAGAAGAGACUCAAGCAAAGGAGGGCAGCAAAAAAGCUAGCCAAAGACAGGUUGAAAUUAUCUGAUCAAACAGAACAGUAAUUGAGGUGAUUAGAACGUCUCAUGCACAACCCUUAUUUGGCGUUUCAGCAUGAAUCGGACAGCAUAUGCAAUGGUUAAUGUGAGAGUCGCCAUUAAGUUCAGUAACAUGGCACGUUCUGCCCUCAAGACUGAGAAAUAGCAUGCGAAGAAAGGACCUGUAGGCAAGCAUUCUUGUGGCACAAGGUAUUCUACGAAAUAGACAUGGAAAACGUGUGCCACCGCUAAAGGUAUCCCGGCGAAAUCUCUUAUUUUGUUUCCCGAAGAGUCCCUAAGCAACCCAUUGUUUUGGAGGUGAUGCUAUGAAAUUGCUGAGAGGAUGUGACGAAGGCGGACCGUGCAAUCGUACCAUGCGCUAAUGGUGUCGUAUUAACGCCCAUCAUGCCAGGAUGACUAUGCUACAGAUGUAACUAUGGAAUAUUGUGUUUCACUGACUAAAUACAUGACUUUCCAGGACUCCUUUGUAACUAUUACGCUCUCCGGUCUUAAGCAGACCAUACUGAAAUUG